AUGCUCGAGACACGCCAGACCUCCCUCCCCUCGCUCGUCCUCGCCUCCCCCUCCGCCCCCUCUGCCUCCCUCCUGGUACCAGAGACCAACAGAACAUACGGCUCCAUCCCCCAUAUCCCCUCGCUCCUCCAAACCCAAUCCCCUCGCUCCUCUUCAGAUCCUCGUGGCGAGCGACCGCCUUUACCCCGCAUCAACUCUGCCACACCUCUCAUCCCGCGUUCCUCUGGCUUGUAUAGAGAUCUGAGAAGGGGACAUUGGCAUUUCCCGUGGCAAGGGCAUCGGAAUUGUAGGAAACAGCGAUCGUGCCGUGCUAGCGGAUUGACAGGGAGUAUUGUGAUUAUGACUGGUAUGCUCUUGGGAUUGGUGCUGGGGGUGAUGUUGUGGGUGUAUGGGUGGAUGGGCCGGGAGGAGCGAUUGAGCGUGUUUGAUCUAAUGUCAUUCAUAGAUGGCAACUUUUCGACCAAGGGCAUCAAAAAGAUGUGGGCAUGCAGCCAUAACGACGAAAUGCAAGGACAGAAUGCCCUGUCCCUCGCAUUGAGCCUAGGAUACGGCUGGAUCGAAGUCGAUACCCACCUCGCUGCCACGCCCCCCAAACACCACCCGGACCAUGUUACAUGGACGUUACUGACGGGGCAUGAUCUUGCGGAUCUCGAUCCCAGGAAGAGUCUCAAGAUGCUCUAUCUCGAUCCGCUCUUGGCUAUUUUGGAUAUGAACAAUGAGGGGUGGGGGAAGGACGGUGGGGAGGAAUGGAAUGGGGUGUAUGAAGAUGAUCCGAGGGAGGAGGUAGUGCUCAUGAUAGACAUGAAAUCGGACGGCGACGAGACCUGGCCCCACCUCCAAAAAGCUCUCGAACCAUUCCUCGCAAAAGGCUAUCUCACAACCUACAACACCACCUCCCAAACCCUCUCCCCCGGCCCUCUCACAAUCGUCGGCACCGGCAACACCCCACUGCAUCAAGUCUUCUACGCCCCCCUCCGCUACAUCUUCUUCGACGCCCCCCUCGUUGACCUGCACAAGCCCCACCACCUCCCCGCCACCCCUUCCGGCCCUGCAGUUACAAUCGAAUGGUCCCCCUCCCUCUCCCCCAUCGCUUCCUCCAAAUUCCCCCUCCAAUACUACCUCGCAGCGCCGCCCACGCCUUUUCCAGCGUACAAUCCGUUCUUGUGCAACCUCCAGCUCACGGCGGCGGUAGCGCAUGAGAAGGGGAUACAAUCGAGGUGGUGGGGGGUGCUGCAUAAGCCGGGGUGGGCGAGGAGGAGGAUGUGGGAGGUGGUUUGGCAGAGUGGGGUGGGGGUCGUUAAUGCGGAUGAGCUGGGGGGGUUGGAGAGCUGGUUGGAGGGGAAGAAGGGGGUGGAGAGGGAGGGGUUCUGUUGA